AUGGAUGACGCAGGAGUGCCGGCAGUGACGGCGCCACAGGAGGAGGAGGCAAUGGAGGUGCUCAGGCAGCGAGCAGCAGAGCUGCAGGUGGCCAGGCCGUGGCAUGAGGUAGCGCCAGGUGUCCGCGUGGGAUUGGCGGGCCGGCACCAGCAGGUGAACGCAUCGCUGGCCGUCUCUCUCUGCCGCCAGUGGGCCAUUCGCAGUGGCAGGGAAGAGGAGGCACGUGCAGUCGAUGAGGCCCUGGCUAAUAAGACACUGCCACUUGCUUACAUCAAAGGGCUAGGGGGUGCCUCCUGGCCGGGCAGGUGCGAAAUUCUGCAGGACUGCCCGGCCGAGCCUGGGCAAGCUGGAAGUGCAGGCGGGCAGCUGACAUUCUUUUUGGACGGUGCCCAUACAGUGGAGAGUAUGGAGCUGCAUGUCGUUUGCUCCACGUUCUCUCAUGCUGCACUAAUCGUGCUUUUCUUCUCUCACUGCCCUGCUCUCACUGCCCUGCUCUCUCUGCCUUCGCUGCCCUGCUCUCACUGCCCUGCUCUCACUGUGCUGCUCUCACUCCCUGCGCUCAUGGUUCAUCACAGGCCUGUCUCUCCAUCGAGCCCUCUUUGUCCCCUCCCUCUCAUCCUACACCGCCCUCCUCCCCUCUCCAUCAUCCUCCGCACCUUCCUCGGCUUACCUCCCCUCAUCCGACUCCACUGGCUUGGCUCCUAA